AUGACUUCAGCCCUUCCCUGUCUCAUCUGCAGAUGCUGCCGACCAUGUCAAAGUGCUGGGCUCCGGGCGUUCUCAACCACCCUCUGCAACGGGUCUCCAGCCAGGAACAGCAACUACUACGAUUUGCUGGGAAUCAAACCAGAUGCCACCUUGGAGGAGAUCAAGCAGGCCUUCUUCACCAAGUCCAAGAAGCUCCAUCCCGACAGCGACCCGGCCAACCCGGACCUGCACAGCCAGUUCGUGAGGCUGAACGAGGCCUACAGGGUGCUGAGCAAGGAGAGUAGCCGGCAGCGCUACGACAUCCUGAGGGCUGCUCAAGGGCCCCGGCCUCCCCCCAGCAGCUGGCACAGAAGCCCCAAGGGAAGCCCAUUUGAUUUCGGCAGCUUCGAACCAAGGAGCGAGCCGGACCCCAAUGAUGACAUCCGUUACUGGAAGCAGUUCCACGCAGCCCGUCCAGAGUCCUUUUCGGGUCCUGAGUUGGAGAAAAAACAGCGCCUUAACAAGAAACUCUUCGGCUACUGUUUACUCAUGAUGCUGGGCAGCCUGCUUGUCCACUACGUGGGGUUCAGGAAGCUGGAGGAAGUACACAAUCGCUUCAUGGACGAGAAGGACCAGACCAUAACUCAGAUAUACAAGGAGAACAAGGAGCGAGCCAGGUCCAUCGGCCUCGAGAAGCAGCAGGAGCUGCUGCGGCAGAAGCAUGCCGAAUUUGCCGAGCGCUAUCGCAUCCCGAACGGACCGCUCCCGCAAGCAACGGGAGCGUUGGACUCUGUCGCAAACCCGGCUUCCCCCUCACCUGCUGCCAAGUGA